AUAGCCGCAAUAUUUGACCAAAAUAUUUCUGUACAUUAAUUACAUUAAUUUAGAGGUUCAUUAGGUGAAUAACGGAGACGAAUUGAAGAUCGGGUUCUCUUUUGGCUUUCAACACACACACCUCCUCUCUUAAUCAAUCUCUUAACGCCUGUCGUCACCGUCCUCCCCUCUAUCAGGCGUCAAACCAGUAAGACAUGCGGAUUUCUAUUGAAGAUGUAGAUUGGGCGAAAACAUGCGGCUCGGGCUGAUUCGAAUCGAGGGUCUGAAUCUCGCAGUCAAUCAACGGCGGUGGAGAUCUUGCAGCUUAGGUUUCUGAGCAAGUCUGCGCGGCGAUUCAGGGUGGGCACGAGAAUCUCGACAUCCGAUUCACUAUUUAUAUAUAUGGGACAAAUUUUUGCCUCGAUGAUCACGAAUGGCAUUUUUCGAGUAAAUUGAGACAAUCCCUGAUAAUUUUUCAUUUCCCCCUUUCGUGACUCGUCGCCAGGUACACACGUUGAGCACAAUUCCCACCGUUAGAUGUUGAAAUGCCCUUUCGCACUGUUUGACCUCUCAUCCCCCAUCAUACUAUUGCGUCCCGUUGUUGUUCAGCUCUUGGCCACUGAUUGUUGUUAUUUUCUUGGUUUCAAGACAGAUAUUUGUAAGAGCUGUAAUGGGUAUUGAUAUUUUCUUGCCCACUUACAAAACUGCGCCUCAAGUUCCAAACGGUUUAUCGGGCCCCUUCAAAACGGUGCCAGUAUUGGAAUUAGCCUCAAUUUGCAUAAAUUUAACUCUAUUUCUUGUGUUCAUCUUCAUUGUAUCUGCAAGGCAGAUUAGGUUGUGUUUUGGUCGUAUUCAUAUUCGGAAGGAUAAUUUGUCCCGUGAUUCCGCAGCCGUCAGGCAUAGUGGAAUUCUUGAUAGCGAUCAAAGUCAGAGCAUAGUGGUUGGUAAAAGUUACACAGCUUCCAUCUUCUGCUGCUUUUAUGUCUUAUUUGUGUAUGUUUGUAUACUGGGUCUUGAUGGUGUUAGUCUAAUUCGGGUGGCUGCACCAAAGGAGGGAAGAAAGUCAGAUUGGACGGUUUUACUUUUACCCGGGGCUCUUAGUUUAUCCUGGUUCGUGCUUAGCUUUUCGCUUCUUUACUGCAAGUAUAAGGCUCUUGAGAAGCUUCCUCUGCUCGUAAUAAUCUGGUGGGCCACCUCCUUUCUGAUCUGUCUCUGUACUUUGUAUGUUGAUGUUAAAGGGCUCGUGGAUGAAGGAUCGAGUCACUUGAAUUCUCAUGUCCUGGCAAAUUUUCUCGUGUCCCCACCAUUUGCAUUUCUGUUUUCUAUUGCUACUAAGGGUGUUACGGGCAUUCGAGUUAACAGAAACCCCGAAAUUCAAGAGCCAUUGCUAGUUGAAGAAGACUCAGAUUCUCUUAAGAUCACUCCUUAUAACGAAGCCGGCCUCUUCAAUUUAAUCACUCUUUCAUGGCUGAACCCACUCCUCUCGAUAGGGGCAAAAAGGCCGCUCGAGCUCAAGGAUAUCCCAUUGCUAGCACAAAAAGACCGUUCGAAAACGAAUUUCAAGGUACUGAACUCGAAUUGGGAGAAAUUAAAAUCCGAGAGCUCGAGAAAACAGCCUUCUCUCGCUUGGGCUAUUCUCAAGUCUUUUCAGAGAGAAGCUGCCUGCAAUGCUGUAUUUGCUGGGGUGAACACUUUGGUCUCGUACGUGGGCCCGUACAUGAUCAGCUACUUUGUCGACUAUUUAAGCGGAAAGGAGGCUUCUCCACAUGAAGGCUACAUUCUAGCCGGGAUUUUCUUCAUGGCAAAGCUAGUCGAGACCUUCACUACUCGCCAGUGGUACUUGGGAGUCGAUAUCUUAGGCAUGCACGUUCGUUCAGCUCUAACUGCAAUGGUAUAUAAGAAAGGGCUGAGGCUCUCAAGCUCGGCUAGGCAAAGCCACACGAGUGGCGAAAUUGUGAAUUACAUGGCUGUUGAUGUUCAGAGAGUGGGAGACUAUUCUUGGUACCUACACGACAUAUGGAUGCUUCCCAUGCAGAUUGUACUCGCGCUCGCCAUUUUGUACAAGAAUGUCGGGAUUGCAUCUGUUGCUACACUUAUUGCCACUAUUAUCUCGAUAGUCGCAACUGUACCCAUCGCGAGAAUUCAGGAGCAUUAUCAGGAUAAAUUAAUGGCAGCAAAAGAUGACAGAAUGAGAAAGACUUCCGAGUGUUUGAGGAAUAUGAGGAUUUUGAAACUGCAAGCAUGGGAGGAUAGGUACAGAGCGAAGCUCGAAGAAAUGCGCGGAGUGGAAUUCAAGUAUUUACGGAAAGCGCUUUAUUCGCAGGCGUUUAUCACUUUCAUAUUCUGGAGCUCGCCGAUUUUUGUGUCGGCAGUGACUUUCGCGACUUGUGUUCUGUUGGGUGGGCAGCUCACAGCUGGCGGAGUUCUUUCGGCACUGGCGACUUUCCGGAUUCUUCAGGAGCCGCUUAGGAAUUUUCCUGACCUGGUGUCGAUGAUGGCGCAGACUAAAGUGUCACUGGACAGAAUUGCGGGGUUCCUACUGGAGGAGGAACUGCCGGAGGAAGCUGUCGUCAAAUUGCCACGGGACUACUGUUUGGAUGUGGCGAUAGAGAUAAGAAAUGGGAACUUCUCUUGGUAUAGGGGCUCGUCUGAAGCAACGCUUUCGAAUGUGGAGAUCGAGGUUGGGAAGGGAAUGCGCGUGGCCGUGUGUGGAGUGGUUGGUUCUGGAAAAUCGAGCUUCCUUUCUUGCAUUCUUGGUGAGAUUCCGAAAAUAUCCGGUGAUGUCAGAAUAUGUGGCUCUGCAGCGUACGUCUCUCAGUCUGCUUGGAUCCAAUCAGGAAGCAUAGAAGAAAAUGUCCUUUUUGGUAGUCCAAUGGAUAAGGCAAAGUACAAGGCUGUUAUUCAUGCCUGUUCAUUGAAGAAGGACUUGGAGCUAUUCUCGCAUGGCGAUCAAACCAUUAUUGGUGAUAGAGGUAUAAACCUCAGUGGCGGUCAGAAGCAAAGACUGCAGCUUGCCAGGGCACUUUAUCAAGACGCUGACAUUUAUUUACUUGACGAUCCAUUUAGUGCUGUUGAUGCUUACACGGGUUCUGAAUUAUUUAGGGAGUACAUACUGACAGCAUUAGCUUCGAAAACUGUUGUUUUUGUCACUCAUCAAGUUGAAUUUCUGCCUGCUGCUGACUUGAUUCUGGUCCUGAAGGAAGGCCGUAUAAUUCAAGCCGGAAAAUACGACGAGCUUCUCCAAGCAGGCACGGAUUUCAACACAUUAGUCUCCGCACAUCACGAAGCCAUCGAAGCCAUGGACUUCUGCAACCCAACUUCCGAAGAAUCGGACAAAACCGACCCUCUCGAUAGAUCCGUUCUCAUGAGCAAAAAAUUCGACUCUGUCGGCAACAACAUGUCCGUUAUGGCUUCCGGGGCCCACGAAGGCGUGUCGUCCUCGGGCUUAAAAGCAAUUAAAGAGAAAAAGAAAAAAACUAAACGCUCGAGAAAAAAACAGCUCGUGCAGGAGGAAGAACGCGUGAGAGGGCGAGUCAGCAUGAAAGUGUACUUGUCUUAUAUGGCAGCUGCUUAUAAGGGCUGUUUGAUUCCUUUGAUUGUUCUUGCCCAGACAUUGUUUCAAGUCCUUCAGAUAGCGAGCAGCUGGUGGAUGGCCUGGGCAAGCCCACAGACGGCUGGGGACGAACCUAAGACGAGCAGCAUUGUGCUUAUCCUAGUUUAUAUGGCACUUGCUUUUGGGAGCUCGUGGUUUAUAUUCGUGAGGGCCAUUCUAGUUGCUGCAUUUGGUCUCGAGGCCUCACAGAAGCUUUUCGUGAAAAUGCUCAGAUCGAUUUUUCGGGCACCGAUGUCUUUUUUCGACUCUACGCCAGCUGGACGAAUAUUGAAUCGUGUGUCUGUUGAUCAAAGUGUUGUUGAUCUUGAUAUUCCCUUCAGGCUUGGUGGAUUUGCUUCGACAACAAUCCAACUACUCGGCAUUAUUGGUGUGAUGACGCAAGUUACGUGGCAGAUAUUGCUACUAGUUAUUCCAAUGGCAAUUGCUUGCUUGUGGAUGCAGAAAUAUUAUAUGGCUUCAUCCAGAGAACUAGUCCGGAUUGUGAGCAUUCAGAAAUCACCGAUAAUUAACCUCUUUGCUGAAUCAAUUAGCGGGGCAGCUACAAUUAGAGGUUUCGGGCAGGAAAAGAGAUUCAUGAAGAGGAAUCUUCAUCUCCUUGAUUCCUUUGCUCGUCCAUUCUUUUGCAGUCUGGCAGCUAUCGAAUGGCUUUGUCUGCGCAUGGAGUUGCUUUCAACGUUUGUUUUUGCUUUUUGCAUGGUCUUACUUGUAAGCUUUCCUAGGGGAGCUAUUGACCCAAGUAUGGCAGGGCUUGCUGUGACAUAUGGUCUGAAUAUGAACGCUCGCCUGUCACGAUGGAUACUUAGCUUUUGCAAACUUGAAAACAAAAUAAUCUCGAUAGAAAGGAUCCAUCAAUACUGCCAAAUACCAAGUGAAGCACCAGCACUUAUUGACGAUUCUCGUCCCCCAACCUCAUGGCCUGAGAACGGCACAAUCGAAUUAAUUGACUUAAAGGUUCGUUACAAGGAGAGCCUUCCUGUUGUGCUACAUGGCGUCUCGUGUAAAUUCCCUGGUGGGGACAAAAUUGGAAUUGUUGGAAGAACUGGGAGUGGUAAAUCGACCUUGAUUCAGGCCUUGUUUCGAUUGAUUGAGCCAUCAGGUGGCAGAAUAAUUAUAGAUAAUAUCAAUAUUGCAACAAUCGGUCUUCAUGACCUUCGUAAUCGGUUGAGUAUCAUUCCUCAAGAUCCGGCACUAUUUGAUGGAACUAUCAGAGGAAAUCUAGACCCACUUGAAGAGCAUUCGGAUCAAGAAAUUUGGCAGGCACUUGACAAGGCACAGCUAGGGGAAAUAAUCCGACAGAAAGAACACAAGCUCGACACGCCAGUUCUAGAAAGUGGAGAUAACUGGAGCGUGGGCCAAAGGCAGCUGGUUUCUCUCGGGCGGGCUUUGCUUAAGCAGGCGAGAAUUCUUGUGCUUGAUGAGGCCACAGCCUCGGUGGACUCAGCCACAGACAAUCUCAUCCAGAAGAUUAUAAGAUCAGAGUUUAAGGAUUGCACUGUUUGUACGAUUGCUCAUCGUAUACCUACUGUCAUCGAUAGUGACCUGGUUUUGGUCCUCAGUGAUGGUCGUGUGGCGGAGUUUGAUUCACCAGCACGGCUAAUAGAGGACAAGUCCUCCAUGUUCCUCAGGCUCUAUUCCCAGUUUCUCUCUAUCUCCUCCCUGAGCUCCGCCGAGAAAGCAACGAUGCAGACUGUUUACAGGCGAUUGGCGCACCAUCACAUUCAGCACUCCGCCGCCCCGCUUUCUUCUUUGAAAUCGUUUUACCCCCUAAGCGAUUAUGGUGCGGAGAAUCCGAGGAUGGCUUCGACUCUUGCCACCAAAGGAGUGGGGCAUUUAGUUCGUAAGGGCACUGGUGGCAGAUCAUCGGUUAGUGGCAUUGUCGCAACAGUAUUUGGGGCCACAGGGUUUCUGGGACGUUACCUAGUGCAGCAACUUGCAAAAAUGGGUUCUCAAGUGUUGGUCCCAUUUCGAGGCUCUGAAGAUUCUCCUCGUCACCUUAAGUUGAUGGGUGAUUUGGGUCAGAUUGUUCCUAUGAAAUACAAUCCUAGAGAUGAAGAUUCAGUCAAGGCAGUGAUGGCAAAGGCCAAUGUUGUUAUUAAUCUUAUAGGAAGGGAAUACGAGACCAGAAAUUACAGUUUUGAAGAAGUGAACCAUCACAUUGCUGAACAGCUGGCAGUUAUUGCCAAAGAACAUGGUGGCAUCAUGAGGUACAUUCAAGUUUCUUGCUUGGGUGCUUCGUCAUCAUCUAAGUCCAGGUUGCUCCGAACUAAAGCAGCUGCCGAAGAAGCUGUCCUGAGAGAACUGCCUGAGGCCACAGUUAUGAGACCUGCUGUGAUGAUUGGCACAGAGGAUCGGAUAUUGAACCCAUGGGCACAUUUCGCAAAGAAGUACAGUUUUCUCCCACUCAUAGGAGAUGGAUCGACAAAGUUUCAGCCCGUGUACGUUGUUGAUGUUGCAUCAGCAAUUAUUGCAGCCUUAAAAGAUGACGGUACUAGUAUGGGGAAAGUUUAUGAACUUGGUGGUCCGGAUGUUUACACCAUGCACGAACUGGCAGAACUUAUGUACGACACAAUUCGUGAGUGGCCUCGCUAUGUGAAGAUUCCUUUGCCUAUUGCCAAGGCAAGUCUUCAAUCCUGCUCUUCCUUGUUUCUUGCUAUUGCCACACCACGAGAAUUAUUUCUCAAGAAAGUUCCAUUCCCAAUGCCUACCCCAACCAUAUUCAACCUGGACCAGAUUGAAGCCCUUUCAGUCGACACAUUGGUAUCUGAAGAUGCUUUAUCAUUUGAGGAUCUUGGUAUUGUGCCUCGCAAGCUGAAGGGAUAUCCAGUUGAGUUUCUUAUUCAGUACCGGAAAGGAGGGCCAAAUUAUGGGUCAACAGUUAGUGAGAAACUCACAUCAAAACAAUGGUUUUGAUCCUAUUCAGCUUUAAUCAACACAAUUGGAAUCCUAUUAGCUGAGGUAGGUAAGUUUUUUCUGCCUGCAUUUUCUGCAGCGUGUUGAAAAGACAAAAAAUGCAUCUAAUGUUGUGUUGGAAACUUGGAGCAAUUUUUACAUUUUUAAGUUGUGUUGAUUGUUUGUCAUGCCCAGUUUAUAUCGGGACUUUCGGAUAAUAAAGGUAUGGUACACAAAAAACAUGUUUUGUUGUAUAAAGAGGCAUCAGAAGUUUGUUUUGUUGCCUAUAAUCUUUGAAGUGUUUCUGUAAUGUUAAUGACGAAAAUGGUGAUUCUCCUUCCUUUUUGUACUCGCCUUCGAUUCUGAUUGAUUAUGUUAGUAGAUAAAUAUGUGCACAUAGAAAUGGUAAAUUCCCC